AUGGCUGUGAAGCGCAAGACAGACGGCAGCGCUGCCACUGUGGCGCAGAAGAAGUUGCGCACAGGCCCUGCGGCAGCUUCCCCGGAUUUGGGCUGGGCCUCAGACGACUCGGCCGACCAGAUAGUAAACUUCACUGACAGCGGCGCCCGGAGAGCAGACAGCGAGGCCCGCAGGCAAUGGCACUUUAUCUGCGAGGUCGACGGCUGCGGCCAGCGCUUCAACCGGCCCUGCCGUCUCGAAGCACACAUGCGCAGCCACAACAAGGAACGGCCGUUCGCCUGUCCCGAGAUUGGCUGCGACAAGACGUUCCCUCGAAAAGACCACCUGCAGCGACAUCUGCGGAACGCGCAUCCCGGGGGGACUGAAGCCGGGGCGCACGUGUGCGAUUGGGAAGCGUGCGGGAAGACGUUCACAUCAGCCGGCCGACUCCAGCGACACAAAGACGUUCACGAAUCGAAGCUGUACUGCACCGCGUAUCCCCCAUGUCACGAGUCCUUCCGGAAGCAGACAGCGUUGGAGGCACACGUCAAGAGCCAGCAUAGGGCAAUCAAGCCGUACCAAUGCUCCUUUGUCGAUCCGGAAACAAGCGAGAGAUGCAUGAAGGGCUACUCGACGGAAAACGCACUGCAAAAGCACAGCUCCAAGGCCCACAGAGAUGAGGAAGAGGAGGAAGCACUCUUUUGCAUGCUAUGCAUUACCCCGGGCACCGAGGCUGAGUCCAUUGAGACUGACUCUGGCACCACAACAAUACCCAAGAACCCGCUCUACUUCGCGACAGCCGACGAACUGCACGCACACUCGAUCGAAUGCCACCCCCCGGUAUGCCCCGAAUGCGGCCAGAAGUUCAAGAGCGAAGCGAACCUCAAAUCACACACCGAAACCGUCCACAACGACACCGCCGCUCGCUACGCGUGUCCCAAGCCCCACUGCGACGCCCUGUUCACCCGCAAGCACAACCUAACCGUCCACAUCCAAUCCGUGCACGAGCACGUCUUCAGAUACCAAUGCCUCCCCACCGCAGUCAGCAAAUCAAGGCACGCCGAUCUCGCCAGCUGGGACGGCUCCAAUGCAUGCGGCCACUCCUUCAAAGCCAAGUCCUCGCUCGACAACCACAUCCGCACCUACCACAUGGGACAGGGGAACCGCAAAGAGCGUCGUCUCGCUGCAAAGAGCAGAAAGAAGGAAGACCCGUCUAUGCUCACGCUACUCACCGGCGUGGGCUACGAAGAGGAGCGCGAGAUCCCGUGCAUCAAGACAGACUGCGCCUUCCGCUUCCACCGCGACGUCGAUCUGCGCCGCCACCUCAAGGCCACGCACAGCAUGACUGAGAACGAGGCCGCCGCCGCCAUCCUCGAGCGUGACGCCGCCGCCGGCGGUCAGUUCUGGAUCGGCGGCUUGGAUCCAGGCGACGAGCUCAUGUUCGACAGCGCGACGCCCAGUAUGCCGCAGACGCCCAUGCCGUACUUCACCGAGGCUGCGGCGUUGGACAGUCACAUGAAGGCACUGGACGGGUACCCUGAUCAGCGAUUCCAUCAGCUGAGCCUGCGCGAUGAGGAGGCCGAGAUGGAUGCUAUCAUGGGCCUGGAGGAGUUGGCGCCCGCUGUUGAUGCGGGAGCGGGGCUGCAGUGGGAUUUGCUGGCGCCUGUUGAGCAUUUCAAUAGCAUGGAGUAG